AGCUCCUCUGUCGGAGCUGCUGCUGAAGUCGUGAAAGGGAUUUUUAUCUUUUAAAAAAGGCUUUUGUGUUUUUUUGUGUAGAAUAACCUCAGCGUCUCUGGUGUACACUGUGUUGGAGCCAAAAUGGACGAAUACGAUGAGCUGUUCGACAUACAGGACGACUUCGAGGACCAGUUUGCCGAUGAGCUGGAAGUGUUGGCUCAGAUGGAGGCGGAAUCUCCCAAACCUGGAAAACGUCAGAAGCAGGGUCCAGGAGAUGAUAUAUCCGACAUCGAGCACCUGCUGUCUGAGCAGCGCACCACACCAAAGGCGAAGCGUCAGAAGCAGGAAGUUGGGGUAGUCAAGCGACUUUUCAACUCAUCGCAGAUUCAUGACGGCGAAGCCCCAUCACACGGUGAAGACAUCACCCCACCGUCCUCUCCAGAGCAGUAUGACCACCCUCAAACCGUCAGGUCUGCCCCGGCUGUGUUGGAUAUCAGCGGCUUUGCUACGAUCCCAGAGUCUCCCAGGCGACCUCCCACAGCGGCAUUAUCCCUGCAUGUGCUGAAGAGACCCCCUUUAGAGGGAGACUACAUCACUGUGACGGACUCAUCAGGGUGUCGGGUCUACCUCCGUCAGAAAGAAGACACUGGGGCAAAGGUUGUGGAGUCCAGAAUGGUGCCAGACUCCCUGGGUAGUCUGGGACUGCUCGCUGUGCCAAUAGGUGUGCUGAGAGAAGAAGAGGCGGACAGGCGUCAUCAGCAGGUCGUGGAGGAAUCACAGCGUCUUACAGAUCUGCUGACCAGUAGUGUGAAUGAUGUCUUAGUUGAGACUGAAAGCAGAGAAGAGGAAGAAGACGGUGAUCCUGAAGACUCAGAGGGGCUAAGUUCUCGACUUUGGGUGGACAGAUUUUCUCCGCGGCAUUACACAGAGCUUCUCAGUGAUGAUUUUACCAACCGCUGUCUGCUCAAGUGGCUCAAACUGUGGGACACUGUUGUUUUUGGAAAAGAGAGGAAGUCCCGCCCCGUCCGAUCCGACAGACAGGCUCCCAACCAGAACUCAUCCAAACCUAAUCAAGCCAAUCAGAAUCCAAAUCGCUUCAAGAGUAAGGUUGAGCUGACUGAAGAGAUACUGGAGGCUGAACUGGACCAGUACAAACGACCCAAAUUCAAAGUGGCAAUGCUGUCUGGUCCUCCAGGUUUGGGGAAAACCACCUUGGCUCACAUUAUAGCAAAGCAUGCUGGGUACAAUGUGGUGGAAAUCAAUGCCAGUGAUGACCGCAGUGCAGAGGUUUUCCAGAAACGCAUCGACACGGCAACACAGAUGAAGUCGGUGUUAGGAGCCAACGAGAGACCUAACUGCCUCAUUAUUGAUGAGAUCGAUGGAGCACCCACGGCCGCCAUCAACAUCCUGCUGGCAACUCUGAACAAGAAAGACAGCGGAGAGGCCGGCGCAGAGUCUGGGAAGAAGAAAAAGAAGAAGGAGUCCAUCCUGCUUCGACCAAUCAUCUGCAUCUGUAACGACCUUUAUGUCCCAGCUCUCAGACCUCUGAGGCAGCAAGCCUUCCUCCUGAAUUUCCCCCAGACUCAGCCCUCCCGACUGGCACAGAGACUGGCAGAGGUGUCUCUCCGGCAGGGCAUGAAGGUGGACACAGGUACUCUGAUGUCGCUGUGUGAGAAGACUGACAACGACAUAAGGUCUUGCAUCAACACACUACAGUUCCUCCACAGUCGCGGCCACAAACAGCUGAACGCCAAGACAAUCCAGUGUGUGUCUGUGGGACAGAAGGACCAGAACAAAGGCUUCUUCCAUCUGUGGCAGGAGAUCUUCCAGUUACCACGCACAAAACGGAAACGUAUCGGUGAGGGGUUCGACGAAGCACCGGGUUCAGGAGGUGGAGCGCAGAGGUUUCAGAACAUUCUACACCUGGCUUCAUCGAGUGGAGAGUAUGAAAAGGUUUCUCAGGGUCUGUAUGAAAAUUAUCUGUCGAUGCGGGUUAGAGACCCCAACCUGCACAGUACGUGUGACGCUCUGGAUUGGCUAGUGUUCUCCGACAGGCUAAACCACGUGAUCAUGCACGGGCAAAACUUCACCCUGAUGAGAUACCUGCCGUUCCUGUCUGUCACAUUCCACUUCCUGUUUGCCCACACGCACGUGCCCCGCAUCAGUUAUCCCCACAGCCAGCAAGAGGCCUCCUCUCGUCUCCUCAACAGCAGAAACGCUUUGAUCUCAAUGUUGGCUGACAUCCCACCGUCCAUCAGAACCAGGAUCAGUCAGCUCAAGUUGACCCUUGAUACUCUCACACUGCUCCUCGACAUCAUCUGUCCCAAACUACGGCCUGUGAAUCCACAGCUGUUCAGCAGCAGAGAGAAAGAGCAGAUGCACGAGCUGAUUGACACCAUGUUGGCCUACAACCUCUCGUACAGGCAGGACCGCACGCCUGAGGGACAGUACACAUAUGUCCUGGAGCCGCGUAUUGAGGAGGUGGUGAGGUUUCCAGGCCUUCCUCCCCGCCGCCAGCUGACAUAUCAGGCCAAACAAACCAUCAGCAGAGAGAUGGAGCAAGAGAAGAUGAGGAGAGCCGAGCAGAUAAUGCUGCAACGAAAUCCUGUAAAAGAGGAAGAAAAAAAAGACGCCAGGCCUAAAACAACCAGGAACCAUCAGCAGAGACUGGAGAACAUAGUCAAACAGACCACAGUGGAGACCAGGCCGGAGGUGGAUUUCUUCGGUCGAGCUGUUGCCCCCAAACCUCUGAGAGCCCAGCCGUCCUCAGACUCAGGUGAGAAGUGUGCGGUUCUUUCGAUGGGAACAGCGGUGGGCAACAGUGACGUGUGGUUCCGGUUCAACGAGGGCAUGUCCAAUGCUGUCAGACGAAAUGUGUACAUCAGAGAACUACUGUAACACACA